ACGUGGGUCAAGCAAACUUUACCGGGAUGACGCAACCGUGACGUCAGCGGCCAUAAGGUGCAUUAGUUGAAUUGAAAAAAAUAUAUCUAAAGAGCCGAAACACCAAACUUUUUUUCCAGAGAAGAUUUUCACUUUUUGCUGCGGUCGAGAUGCCGACUUCAUACAUACUACGCUCAACAAGUCUGCAUCUUGCCAUGAUGUCAACUCUUUCCAUGGCUGGAGUCCAGCAUGACCAUGCCCACUAUCGGAGCAGUAGUUUUGCUCUGGCACAAGAUGGCGAAAGAAAGAAGUAUCAUGUUAUCAAGUGUCACUGUUGUACUGAGUACAGGCCUGUCCAGAGCUCCAAAGCUCCCCCGAACAGGAGGAGGUCUUAUAAAAAUGAACCAGAAGCAGUGGCACCCAUUCCUCUCUCAGCCAUCCCGCAUGAUGACCUCCCAGUGGCGUCAGUUUUGCCUCGCAUUCCACAGCCCCCAAUCUCCUCUGCAUUUGAACCACUCACCAUUUCCAACUUUUCAGUGGAGGAGUAUCAACGCAUCUAUUAUGAGACUGUGGAUCACAAAUUGAGGUUCAAGAAUAGAGGGUCCAGAACAUACAGUCUGGAAAAGGGACGCUGCAUCAAACAGAACCUGUGGGAACGUGUGGGCCAUCCCACGUUCACAACAACAGAGGAUGCAGAUGGCCGUGUGCAUAUCACCCCAUCGUACGGCGCUGGGGUCCUUCCUCCUCAGUAUGAUGUCGAUAUUUCACAUGAGCCCAAACCUCUAAAGUUGUCAACAACAUUGUGAGAAGAAGAGAGCUCGAGUAUCUGCUCGUGGGUGCCACUUUUAAAUUUCAUUGAGUGAGUCAAUAAUUUUAGGGAUUUGUUUUAAAUUGAUUUUAAAUUUUUAUUGAGGGAUUAAAUAAUUUGAUACAUUCUUUUUAAAGUAAAAAAAUUAAACUAAGUUGUAUUUACUCAAACCAGUUGCUUCCAUAUUACCAGCAUUUAUAUAUUUCUGACCUUGCCGAAUUUGACGGUUUGUUAGUGGUGUUUUGUUUGUCAACAGUAAUAAAUCUCAUGUACCUGUA